GAGAUUUUGUCAGGGCACCGCCAUCUUGGUUUGGAAGGUCGUGAAAAAAGCACCUUGAAGAAAAAUAGUUUUUGCCUGAAAAGGCUGGUGUUGGAAUUGCCAAGAUGGGUGGAGACGGCCAUGGUCCUCCUAAGGAGCUCAAGAUACCAGACUGGCGGGUGUACAAGAUCGAAGGGACGCCGCUAGAAGACGUGCAGAGAAGGUUACACGCGAAAGGACUGCAUGACCCUUGGCUCAGGAAUGAAGCCUGGAGGUUCACCCAUUUACCCAGAAUCACCUUCCCCAUGAUUGCGUUCCGCGGCUUCAAGUACGGAUUCGCCGCAUUCGUGGUCGCUCUGGCGGUGGAGAAGGCUUUCUUCAGAAGUGACGACCACGGACACCAUUAACGAACUCCAUCCAUCCCAAGUUUACGAUGAUCAACAACACCCCUAUUCUGGCAGUGGAUUGGUCAAGAAUGCUCCAGAUCUCAAGAGAAAACCAGGACUGUUCUAUUCCAAUCUAGGGGUGUUCUGCAGCUGGGAACUUGUGUCUUUGUAGUAACAACCAGUGAUAAGAGUGACUGAUGACCACAUUCGUCUGUAUUUUCCUUUGAUGGUACAUCAAAACAUUUUAAUAACACAUAUGGUAUGAUACACUGAUCAAUGAUCAACAACACCCCUAUUCUGGCAGUGGACUGGUCAAGAAUGCUCCAGAUAUCAAGAGAAAACCAGGACUGUUCUAUUCCAAUCUAGGGGUGUUCUGCAGAUGGGAACUCAUGUCUUUGUAGUUACAACUGGUGAUUAGAUCAUCUUAUGACAACAUUCAACUGUAUUUUCUGUAUUAUCAUACAUAAAAGAUUAUUGGCAUUCUGGUCUGUACCUCUAGUAUCCAAAUUGUUGUGACUCUCACUGUUAGAGUUUGCUACAAAGAAAAGUACAUGUAUAUGUAAAGUAAAUGAUUAUAAGAUUAAGAAAGAGUGUGCUCAGUCAUUUGUUAGCAUACAUGUACGUGUGUGAAUAUUGAAAAGAAAUCUUGUAAGCUGCUGCAGGUC